AUGGACGGAGUUGAGCGAGAGACAUCAUCCUCUUCAUCUGUAGUGGAUAUCGAUCACUUCUCAUGGUCGUAUACUGAAGAGCCACACGCCUCACGUCGUAAAGAAAUGUUAGAAAAAUAUCCGGAAAUAAAGAAUUAUUUCGGCAUCGAUGAAUCGUUCAAGUAUGUUGUUGUUGCGAUGGUCAUAGUGCAGUUUAUAUUUGCAUUUCUACUUAAAGAUUCUGAUUGGCUGUUGAUUGUCUUACAAGCAUAUUUCGUUGGUGGUACCCUAAAUCAUUCAUUGACAUUAGCUGUCCAUGAAAUAUCGCAUAAUAUGGCAUUUGGAUGCUCACGACCCCGCGCAAAUCGUCUAUUUGGUUUGCUAGCCAAUUUACCAAUGUUAGUACCGAUGUCAAUUUCAUUCAAGAAAUAUCACGAGGAGCAUCAUCGUUAUAUGGGUGAGGAUAUGAUCGACACUGAUAUUCCAACUGAAAUAGAGACACGAUUCUUCAGAGGAACAUUCGGAAAGUUAAUCUGGAUGAUACUUCAACCUUUCUUUUACGCAUUUCGUCCAUUUGUCACAUAUAAAAAAGCAGUAACAGAUUUGGAGAUCGUGAAUGCUUUGAUACAGUUCUUAGUGGAUUAUUUGGUGAUAGUUUUCCUAGGAUGGAAAUCGGUUGCUUUCUUACUUGGAGGAUUCGUGAUAGCAUCUGGAUUGCAUCCGCUGGCCGGUCAUUAUAUUUCCGAUCAUUAUGUCUUUAAUCCAGGUCAAGAAACCUAUAGCUAUUAUGGACCAAUAAAUCUAUUAACGUUCAACGUUGGUCACCAUAAUGAACAUCAUGAUUUCCCGUUUGUAUGCGGCGCAAAUCUUCCAAAGAUUCGAAAGAUUGCACCAGAAUACUAUUCGAAGAUGUUAUCACACAACAGCUGGGUGGUACUGAUGUAUAAUUUCAUUGUGAAUCCACGAAUAACACUCCAUUCACGUAUCAAACGAAAAUUGGCGAAUCGCUCAAAUGUGCAUUUCUAUGGGAAGGGUCCGAAUUCGACGUGUUACGUCUAUAAAUUCAUUGAAAGGACGUUGAAUAAUUUUUGGAAGAAUCAAACGGCGGCUAUAACAAUGACGAAGGUUGGUGAUGAUUGUGAGACGGAAACCGAGAAAAAAAUGCAGUAA